AUGGUGGAAGACAUGUUCUUCCGAAACGCUGGCAUUGCCAGUGGUCUUUGCUUUGCACUCCGUGACAUCAGUGCCAUGGCCGAGAGAAGGUGGCAAAGACGUACUGCACAGGACCACCCAAUCGAUUUGAAGGUGCCCGCGUUCAAUUGGAAGCAUUGGCAGUCCAGGGCUUCGGGGCUUCAAGGGCUAAGUGCCUAUCGCCGAUGUUGUGUCUCCGGAAACAGCCAGAGCUUUCUGACGGCUCAGGUGGGUCCUUUCAAUGAAACUCCCAGUCUCAUGUGCGCCCUGGGCCGGUUGUCUUGGGAUCGGCUUGCGAAUCUGAGGCUUGCAAAUGUGCGGCUGCGGCAGAUCAAAGCCAUCCGCUGGUCCCACUUCCCCGGAGGAAUGCUGGUCUCCAGCCUCUUCACCCUGUGCCUGACCAGCAGCCUCGUCGGGCUGAGAAGGGUGCACGUGCCAAUGGUUGUCGUUGGCAAGAACUUGGGCCCCUUCUGCACUGCGAUCCUCGAGUCGCUGCUGUUAGAGGCCUGGAGGGGACGGCAGCCGAUGAUAGAGCAGCGUGAUGAAUUCCUCAUAUUCCUCGAUCCGGGUGCUGGGAAGUACACUGUAUGCCAUGGGCGACGCGAACUCCGACACCUGGUCUGCGACAAGUUCUUCCGGGAUUCGGUGGCUGAGAGACUGAAAUGGGUUCUUCGAGACGCUGCCCUCUUUGCCGCAGCCGAGGACCUGGAAGGCGUUUUCCUGGUAGGGCUCAACGCGGCCCUCGAGAAGUACGUGGUUCGAACUGUCGACCAGGCAGCUCUUGGCUUCAGCUUGUAUAGAUGCGUGUUGGCAGUGCCUCUGCUCGGGAUUAUGCUGGCCCUUGGCAUGGAGGACGUCUAUGAUGCUCUCCUCGCCAUUGUGAAUGCCAGCAACUACUGCCUGCUGGUGCUGGCGGUUUCGACCAUCUUCAGUGCUGCUGCUGGUCUCCUGGUCUUCACCCUCCAGGGCCGUGUCAGCGCCACGACAACACAGAUAGCAAGCUUGUGCUACAAGCUGGCGACCACUGCACUGUCGCUGGUGCUUUUUCCCGAGGCGCAGAGAGAUCUGGGUCUGUUGGCCUUCAUCGGCUACGGCCUCUCCACAGUCAGCGUGGCGCUGUACGCGCAGUUUGGCAAAACAAAUGCUUGA